UUGAUGUUUGGUAAAACUUGUGAGUCCACAGCUCUCUGAUCAACCUCGCGCUGCUCUGAAAUCUCGUAUUCUCCUUCUCUGUGUCGAAGAUCUCACCUGCCUGGUGUCCGGCUUCCGCAGCUUCUUUUUCUUGAAGAGCUGCUCUGGUAGAACAAGCAUAAAAUGAAUGCCAAGGUGUUCUCCUUCAUGGCGGGCAUCUUCUCCAUCCUCAGCACCAUCCAGUUCUGCAUCAUUGACCUGAACCAGGUCACAUAUGUCGGCUACGAGGACAGGUUCAACAUCUACACCGACACCAAGUCUAAGCUGGUCUCUUGGAUCCUCGCCCACAAGUACACCAUCAGCAUUGUCCUGUCCACCACCACGAUCCUUAUCAGCUACCUCCUCCUCUGCUGCAUCCACAGGAAUACCUACCCGGGGCUGCUGGUCUAUGCCUUGUGGAUCAUAGUCUACGAGCUCAUGGGCUUCUCCAUGGUCCUGCUCACCAACGGCAUCAUCAAGGAGCAGUUCCGGGAGCUCAGCUACUUGCACCUGGUCUUGCAGAUCUCGCGCAUGCUCCUGCACUUCGGCUGUCUGCCCUGCAUCGUCAAGUACGCGUAUGCCGUGUACAAGGACCCCAAGAUUACGAGCAAGACGGAACACCGCAGGCAUUCCUCCAUCAGUACUGUGGACUCCUGGACGCCCAUCACCUGGGGGACGUUCUAUCGCAAGUUAACCUGAACCAGGCCGGGAAGGCGGGAGACAGGAGCACUUCUCCCCGCCUGCCUGCAGAGGCUGCUUGCCUUAGCAGGGUUUUCGCGUUGUACGCACCGAGCGGUGAUUCUUGGGGGUGGGAGGGUGGCGUGUGUGUGGCGCGUGACUUGUUGCAGCAGUGGCUGGUAAACUGCUUUCGUGCUUCUUUAGCCAACGCAUCGGGGUGUUUUUGCAGUCUCCUCUCUGCACUCCCUUAGCUUGUCAGCUUUCUCUUGAGGACUGGCCCUCCGCUGCGAGGUUCUGCUAAGUCCUUUUGGAGCAGUGCUGCCAAGAGAACUUUCUGGGCUGGUGGACGUGUUCUACAUGCAUGCUGUCCACGAGCCACGGACGGCUCCUGAGGGAUUGGAAUGUGGCUAUGGCCAACCCACUAGCCAAAUUUGAACUUUCUUUUUCUUUUUUCCU